GCCACAUAUAUCCAAUCAUGGAGAUGGGUGUUGUGUUUGUGCAAAAGCUGGUGUUAUUUUUAAUUUUCGUUGAGCGAUAUUAAUUCAGAUAUUAUAAAACUAAAUGGAAUGUGGAAGUAAAGUGUCCCAAUUAUUAUUAUGGUAUGCGGGCUCGUUUAUAUCGGUUCGAAAUAGCCGCAAACUAUGUCCAAACGUCGCUGUUUCUAUGCCAUUUUUGCUCCAGGGCAAACUAAAAAAUUGAACAAUAAAUUAAUUGGCAUGAAAAAUCCCAUCCAAUCCGCACCAUCCUGUUGAGGUUUGAACAAUGAGUUCCAGACCGAAUUCUGGCUCAAGAACUUCAACAGGACAUCGACGGGUCGAAUCAGGAGGUCAUCAUCGUCACAGUUCUUCUAGUUCGGGACACAAUCGCUCAGAUUCAGGCCAGAGCUUAGGAUCAGAGCAACACUUGAAACAUCACGGCCAUCACCGGUCCAAAAGCGGAGUCCACGGAUCUGAACGGGAUCAUCAUAGAGAACCUGAUUUGCAUAAUAAAGUCGAAUUCCGUUCGACUCACUGCAUCAACGAUGGACACCAACACAUACGACCCACCUCUUUGUAUCCCCUAAAAAACAGCCAUGACAGUGGAUUAGUUGGUCCAGACGCUUUGCAACCCGAAAGGGAACCCAUCAAUUUUGAAAUCAAUUUGGUAGGGGCUCCGCCUGAGGUUGAACAGUUGGUUAAUAACAUCAAGCAGGUUGCAGAGCAAUUUUUAUACCACUGGAAAACUUUUCCUAUUGUCCUUCCUAGUCCAGUUUCUCAAUGCGAAAGUUUCCCAACUUCCCAAGUUUCUUCGGAUGGCUCUUUGGGCCGUUGCAAAACAAAAUACCAUCUCAGGGAUUUAUUUAUAGCGCCGUCUUUUGAUGAAUUAGACGCAGUUGCGGUUGAUGCUAAAGGGGAACCAAGGAAGCUCAGUGGCAAGCAGUUAGAGUACAUUAGAGAGAGGGGCUUGCACAAGGAUAAAUUUGGAAAACCAAAAAGGUUGAACCAGGAACAACUAGAAAGUAUUAGAUUAUAUGGGGAAUUCGAAGUUGAAUCGCUCAACUUUCCCGGGCAACAGCACCGUUGGAAAUUGUCACAGCUAUUGCAAAAAGGCACAGAGAACAGUAGGAAUUCGUUACUGAACGAUUUAGCGUUGGCGCUGCGUUUUAUUUUUGUCACAGCGAGAGGGCGUUUGUUUGACCACUUUUUUAGCGUUAAACAAGCAGCUAAAGCCCUUAUAGCUGGUCUAUUGAGGAUUUUAGAUUUGCUUGUUGGAAUACCGAGCUUACAAGCUCAUAAUUUAGAUGCUAAAAUUAGAGAAGAACGAAGCAAGUAUCUUGUUGCUGAGUUGGUUUGUAGAGCUGAAAAUGAAGACGCCUUAGAAAUACUAUGUUCCUACAUAAAAAAGCAAUUACGUAGAGCUGCAACUGAAAAAUUCGAGGUUGCUAGAGAAUGCAGUCAACCUCCAGUAGCACUGCCUUAUCGUUUUCUGACACCCUCGGGAUCUGAGUUGGAUUUACGCCUGUGGGAUCGCAGUUUGAUGCGUAAAGCUUUGCCUGUAUUGGUCAGUAUAUUAGAAAAAGAGACCAGAGGGUGGUUUUUGCAUUUCCGCGAAAGACUGAUUGCAGAAUUGAGAGCUCAAAAAAUGCCCGAUGAAGAUAUCGAAAGGGAAGUCAAUGAGGCUGUUAUGAAGGAAUAUUUACAGCGUGUUUACAAUAACAUUUUGUCGCAUCCUGACAUCAAUGGUUUAGGUGAUGGCAUUGCUCAAUUGUUAGUUCAACAAGCGCAAAGUGUAGUUUCAUUACACAGAGCGGUCGAAAACGUUCAACACCGCCUCUACAAAACUCAGGAAGAAGUCAAAAACAAGCUGAGAAACGUCCAUCCAAUAUUAUCCAGAAUAGAGCCCUGGUUGAGAUCAAAGUUACGAAACUCUGAACAAAAAUUCAGCCAAGAGAACCAAUGGAGCGCCCACGAAGAAGCUUUGGCCCUUUGCAACACUCAAAGGUUACACCAAACCGUGUAUUUUCUAAAUCGAGAUUUGGCUUUUAUGCGAGAACGAGAGCCUGCGCUAUUGAGGGAGUUGAAAAAAGUCAAAACACCCACUCGAAGUUUUUUGUGGCCCACUCAAAUUUGGCUGCCAACUAAUUGGAUUGUACGACGGAAUUUCCAAGGGCAAUCCGAGGUGGUACCUACGGUACUUAGUAAACACGCUACUACUAUUACUACUCCUAGAUCUGAUCCUAGUCAACCGGUAUUUCUUGUUGAAAAAGAAAUCGUCAGAACAACAACAACUCGCUGGCCCUUGUGGCGAAUCUUUAACUAUUUCCAUCGCACUUGGUGUUGGACGUGGAAUGUAAUGUUUUUCUUUGGAAUUGUUAUUCCUUGGUGUAGCCCUUUAGGGCUGCGGGCUCUUUUUUUUAUUGAACCUUUUAUGCCUGACUUGGAAUUAUCCCAAGUCAAUGGUACUUUGUUUCCAAGAAAAUCAAGUCUAACUCCUACGUUGGCUUCAAGAUUGUUGAAUCUCUGGAGACAUAUUUCUAAAUCUAGGACUCAUUUUGAAACAAAACCAGAUACUGGGUUUAUAGGCAAAGGAUUUACAAGGCAUUUAAAUAGGAUUUGGAAUUAUUGUUUCAAAGGGCUAUUUGGUACAAUUGGUUUAGUGUUUAUUUUUCCUUUGGUUUGUUUAAGCCUUAUAAUCGUAUGCCUUUUUGUAUCUUUGACAUCUGCUAUUUGGAUGCCAUUGUUGACUAUGUUAGUUCAAAUUACCAACGGGCUUGUUUACGAUUUGGACAGCCCCGAGCCUCAAAGAAAUCGAUUUUUUGUAAUUUUUGAAGCCUUGCUUUGGAAUUUAGGUAUUCAAGGGUGUCUUCAGCCCAUUGCAGCUUUAUUUAUUGCAGCUAUUGUUUGUCCGAUAGUUUCUCUGAUUAUUUUAGCAGGGGGUGUGGCCAGGUAUUGGUUCAGACUGAUGUGGGAUGCUACAGCGUUUCAUUUGAUAAUCAAAAAAAGGGGCAGGAUACCUGCCUGUGAUAGUUUUGCUGUGAAAAGAAUAGCCGGACCUGGAUUGGCUUCUGAUUAUUAUUUCCAAAUAAGUCCCGAGCAAGCUUUGGCUGCGUUUGAAGCCAAAAUGGAGUGGGACGAGUUGGCUGCUUAUCAAACGGUAGUUGAAAACACCAUAACGCAACCUCAAAAAGAUUUCAGUCAUUUUGUAGAGGCUUGUUUUGGUAGUUUUUCAGCGCAACUAUCAAAAAACGGGCCUUAUAAAAACUUGGAAAAAGAAGCUCAAGAUCUUUUAACAGUUUUACAUGAGAAACUGGAAAGACGACGCAGAGAUUUACAAACUGGGCUUGGAGUGAUUAUUAAAAGCAAAAUAAAGCUUACUACGUUGGAAUUGAAGAUUGCCAUACAACAAGGGGCGAUGAUGUUGGAGAAAUUUUAUCCGAAUCACAUUUUCCAAAAGCUGAAUUGCACCGAAGACGAUUUUUGGGAUAACAAGGCUUUGAGUCCGGGCGAUUGGGCCAGUUUAGCAGGCUUAUUAUACACAGAACUAUUUAGUUUAGACUUUUUGACUCCACUAGAUCAUACCGAUACGACGUUUCGGUUAGAUCCACAUCCUCAAGCCGACCUGUCAAGAUACACUGACAUGGUACAGUGCGCUCAACUGGGUGCCGGCGGUCCGGAUUUGUUGGGCAACGUAUAUACUCCUAGGGGUAAUAUACAAGUUCAUUCUCCUUAUUUAGAAGUGUCGGCUUUUAAUCCUAGAGUCAAGCAAUCUGCUACUGGAAAGAAAAACGACAAAAAAACGGAAUGCACAACGCCUCUAGGUUCGCUUAAAGGCACUAGGACCACCUUGUUGACGCCCUGGAAACGUUACUACAGGCCCUAUUCGCCCGACAAAAUGGUAAUUCCUUUGCCUGUGCCUCAUCCUGCUCAUAUUGCAGUCACAAUUUACAAUCGCGAUUCGGAUGAUCCAAUUUCGCUCGAAUCUGACGUUUGUCAGAGUUUGUUGAGGUGUAUUGAGGAGCAUCAUGCGUCACCUGAUGACAGUGGUAUAGGUCGUUUUCGUAGCGGCGACGACUCGUGUGGUACAAUGAGUUCCAGUUCAGGCACCCUAGACAGUCCACCUACAAGAGUGGACCAAUCAAGCGACGGAGUUUACCAAUGGACGUUGAGCAAUUGGGGUCAGAGAAAGAGAAAUAAUUCAGGUAGCGUCCGAGUGGAUUUGGCCAGUCCAGAAGACGUCACUUUGGACAGCGACAGUACUCGAGUAGUUUUUAGUACCUAUGGCACAACAGUUUGAAUCUCCCAUCCAGUAUUUUUAUAUGCAUUUAGUUUAUUACUCGAAAUAUUUUGACUCUCUAAUUUUUAUUUUAAGGCCAGUAGGAAUUUUAAACCAGUAAGCAAUUUUGAUUGUUUAACUGAUCAAAGUUGCUCUGACUAGCUUAUAAUUUCUGGGGUUGCAUCAUCACAACAGCUUUAAUUUUUUUUCUAGUGAUUGAUUUAAGUUUUACUAAAAGUACCUAUAUUAUUAAGUGAAAAUUUAUAUUAGGAUAAAUAUUGGUAAUUUAAGCUAAAUUUAUUCAGAAUUGAAUAAAUUUGUGGCAAAAUAAGAAAAUGCUUAUUGUGAACAUAAUGCAGAAUAUUUAAAAAGUUAAAUUUUAGGGACGAAUUAAUGAUUACACAUUGGAAGCGAUAUUAAUUAGGCUUCAAAUGCGUCUAUGUAAGCGAUAAUCCAUGUUGAAUUUUGCAAAAUAAAUAGGAUGAAAUUUUUGCAAUUAUACAUUUCCUUCCACUUUUAGUACCUAAAAUAAAAAUUGUUUGUUCAAUUUUAAUAGCUUAAAAAAACGAAUUUUGAAUUUAAAAAUAAAAGCGUUUCAAACCAAAUGAGUGAUUUUUGGUAAUAAUACAUUUUUACUAAAAGCUAGAGUUUUUUUGUAAAUGCUUCUUUUAUUAUUAUGUAAUAGUUUUUGUAUGUCAAUCUGCGCUUGUCUUAAUAUUAAGUUAAUAUUUUUGUGAUGAAUUUAUGUAUUUAGUUUGUUUGUUUGUAUUGGAAGCUGCUACACAAUACAAAACGCUUGUUUUGUAAAUAUUUUUACAAAAAUAUUGUAUUUAUUAUGUUCCCUAGGAACUGCAUUACCCUAUAAAGUACAAUAGUUGAAAUAUUUUUUUUUCUGACUAAAAUUCAAAUUAAUGCCAAUAGCUGUGAAACUGAUGCUUUGUGUUGAAUAUUGUUUAAUAAAAUGCAUUUAAGACUGUUUUGAUUUUCGAA